AUGGAGCAUACAUUUGAAUAUACCAUCCUAGUGUUUUCGAUUGAGUUAAACAGUUAUAUAGAAGUGUGGGUACCUGUAAACCCUGCAUUCAUUGCGGAUUCUAAAUUAAGCUUAGGUGCACACAUUUUUAUAUCCCAUUCUAUUCAACAAACAGACCAGAGUAGUCUUCUGUCAAGGAAGUCUUGGAGUGCUACUAUGGCAUUAAUCAAUUGCAUAUCACCAUGUUCCUACAUAUUCAUAUGCUCAUUUUUCAUCCUAGGUCGAUCCGAACAUCUCAUUUUGUACACAAAGAAUAUUAUAAUGGAUGGAAGCAAAUUAUGCGGUUUGUUUUUCAUAUACUCAUUUCUUCGUUUUGUCAAAAAUAAUAAAUUUUUAGCUUAUUUCAAAAAAGAGAUAGAGAUAGAGAGUUUACUUUCUGCAACCACCAAUGGCCCUAAAUCUAAGGCAUUCGAAAAAAAGAAACUUGUGAACAGCUCAAGCAAUGCAUUAGCUCCGAAUUCUUCAAUAACAAUGUCACUUGAUACCUACAAAAAACCAUGGUGGCAUUAG